AUGCCUUUUGCGCUUUACGACUGCGUACGAACUCUAUCAUUUCCAUGGUCAACAACCAUCGUAAAAUGUGAAGCCGAAACUCAAACUCACCAGCCCGUAGCGAAUCUUAACUCACCAUAUCUUUCUUAUCGUCAACUGGUUGCUGCUGCUGCCGUUGCACCCGGCGAGGAAUCCUGCGAGUUCGGAAGCGCUAAAUAUUUUGCACUGUGUAUGCUUGGUGGCCUGAUCUCCUGCGGUAGUACACACACGCUUGUCACACCACUGGAUCUGGUCAAAUGUCGCCUGCAAGUCGAUAAACCCAAGUAUAAAAAUCUGAUUUAUGGUCUGAAGUUAACCGUCAAAGAGGAUGGUGUACGUGGCUUGGCAAAAGGUUGGGCGCCUACUCUCUUCGGUUACUCGGCGCAAGGCUCCUUCAAAUUUGGCUUCUAUGAAUUUUUCAAAGUGUACUAUUCCCAAAUAUUGGGCGACGAGAAUGCUUACCUUUACCGUACUUAUAUCUACUUGUCCGCUUCGGCUUCAGCUGAGUUCUUUGCCGACAUUGCAUUGGCGCCUAUGGAAGCGGUGAAGGUUAAAAUGCAAACAACAACAGGUUUCGCCAAUACAAUGCGGCAAGCGAUACCAAAGAUGCGGGCCGACGAGGGUAUAACGGCUUUCUACAAAGGGCUGGUGCCAUUAUGGAUGCGUCAGAUACCAUAUACAAUGAUGAAAUUCGCUUGCUUUGAGUUGACUCUGGAACUGCUGUAUAAACACGUGGUGCCAAAACCACGCGCCGAGUGCAGCAAAGGUGAACAAUUGGUGGUGACGUUUGCUGCUGGAUACAUAGCUGGUGUCUUCUGUGCUAUAGUUUCGCAUCCCGCUGAUGUGGUAGUCUCAAAAUUGAACCAAGCAAAAGGUUCGUCAGCUUUAGAUGUGGCAAAAUCAUUGGGAUUCAUGGGCAUGUGGGGAGGUUUGGGUCCGCGUAUCCUUAUGAUUGGCACACUGACCGCACUGCAAUGGUUCAUCUAUGAUGGUGUGAAAGUGGCGCUGCGUAUACCACGUCCACCACCACCAGAAAUGCCAGCCUCGCUGAAGGCCAAACUAGCACAAGGUGACAAGAAGUGA